CAGGUAGAUAAACAAAAGGCAUGGCGGCUUGCGCGGGUGUAGUUCCGUUUACUCAAUGCAGGAUGUUAAUUUUAAGUCAAAUUCGCCUCUCCUGUUGCAAGCGAACAUUUUCAAACACCCCUAAGCGACUGACACCUAGUUCCGGAAAUACGAACCGGCCGCUGCGGCCGCUCGCCGGCGGCGCCGCCACGCGCGGCCUGCGCAUCUACACCAAGACGGGCGACGGCGGCACCUCCAGCACGUUCACCGGGCAGCGGCUGCCCAAGGACGACGCCCUGUUCGAGGCGCUCGGCUCUGUGGACGAGCUGUCGGCCACCGUCGGGCUGGCGCGCGUGCUGGCACGGGACGCCGGCCACACGUACUGCUGGCAGCUGGAGCGUGUCCAGUGUGCGCUGCAGGAGGUGGGCUCGCUGGUGGCCACUCCGCGCGGCUCGGCGCGGCCGGCGCACACGCGGCGCACGGGCCAGCGCGUGCCGGCCGCCUGGGUGACCGAGCUGGAGGCCUGGAUAGACGAGCACACAGCGCGGCUGCCGCCUCUGACCAACUUCAUCCUCCCGGGCGGCGGUGUGGCCGGCGCCACGCUGCACCUAGCACGGACCGUGUGUCGCCGCGCAGAGAGGGUGGUCACGCCGCUCACCAGAGCCGACCGCGUGGACGCCAGCGUGGCUGUCUACCUGAACCGACUGUCGGACUUUUUGUUCACGGUGGCCCGGGUGGCUGCGGCGGCCGACGGCGUCGACGAGGAGGUGUACGUGCGACCGCCGCCGGGCCAGCCGUCAGAGUGACCGGUAACAAUAGGUCGGAGUGGUCUGCCGGGCCUCUCCCGUCAGGUCGGAGUGGUCUGCCGGGUUGCGGCUGCGCCGUCUGCCCCCUCCCCCAGCGCGGCCCGGCCCCCACCUGCAGCGCAGUGCUCUGCAGGCGCGUAUAGCGACGAGGGAGCUGACGCACAGCUGCGCCGGCCACGCUGGGCGCGACAGUCGGCACACGACCCGCCACCUACAAAAUGC